AUGGCUGCUGCAACACAUAAGCUGGUGAGUACUGCUUACAUUUCUAACGACCUUGCUUUCUCUAUUCUUUCCAAAUUGCCUCUUAAAUCCCUCAAACGAUUCACAUGUGUUAAAAAAUCAUUUUCCCUUUUGUUCGAAAGCCCUGAUUUUAUGAGCAUGUUUCGCACCAAUUUCAUAUCCAAACACGAUGAGAACAACGAAAAUACGCUUCUCAUCCUAAAGGAAAGGACACAAAUGAUUCCCUUUCCCUACACCUUCUGCACAUUUGCUGGUGACAAGUUGGAGGAUGGGGAGAGAUUAGAUUUUCCACCUCCAUUAAUUAAGGGGAUUCAAAUUGAGAUUUUAGGUUGUGCUAGUGUUAAUGGCACUCUUUGUCUCUACCAAGGAAAUUACGGUAACACAAAAAUUGUGUUGUGGAAUCCUGCUACCACAGAAUUUAAGGUUGUUCCACCUAGCUUUCAAAUGUAUGACAACAUUGAGUUGAAGACACGUCCUAAGGCAUUUGGUUAUGAUCGUGUUAGAUAUGACUAUAAGUUGAUUCGCAUUGCAUUUUAUCCCUCAAACUUUAAAGGUAAUUGGGUUGAAGUACCUGAUAAGGAUAGCUAUUUGUGGGAUGUGGAUUAUGAUGAGUAUCACACUGUUUGGGAUAGACUAGUGGUGGAGAUGAAUGACCCUUUCUGGGAGAUAUAUAGCCUCAAAAGUAACUCUUGGAGGAAAAUCAAUGCCAUUGAGAUGAGUUUUAAUUAUUGGCCAGAUGGCCAUCCGGUGAACUUGAAUGAAUUUUGCCAUAUGUUAGGCCCAUCUGAUGAUAUUGUGUCAUUUGACUUUAUCAAUGAGAUAUUCUCUACCACACCUUUACCCCUGGAUGGCUCAAGCAACAAGUCUUCCUUUGCAUUAGGAUUCUCAUUCCCAUGUUUUUAUGCGUUACCUACAUUGGAAAAGUACUAA